UUUGAAAACGUUCUCUAAAUGAUGUAUUCUAGCAAGCAUAUUAGGGAAUUGUUCGUUAUCGUUCUCGUAAUUGAAUCGUCAUUGUGUGACGUACAUGAAUCACGAUGUUACAGUCGGUUUGACUACGAGGAAAAAAUGCUGGAGAAAAUGGUGAGAACUGAGGUCAAGAUGAAGGAGCUCCUCGGUAAACUGGAAGCGCUGGAAAAGAGGCAAACGAACGCUGAAACUGAGAUGGACACUUCGACAAAGAAAAUACAAGAUCAAGUCUUGAAACACGAUUCUGAAAUAGAGAUGUCAGCGAAGGGGAUUGAAGAUUUGGAAAAACAAUACGAUAGCUUACAAACUGAGUGUGAAAACACGACAAAAUCCUAUUUUAACAGGCAUGAGAAAUCCCUUGAGUUACUCGAUCAACGUCUGGACUCUAUGUCAAGGAAUUGUACAGAGAGUAUGCACCCAUCUUCUGUUGCCUUCUUCGCCACCCUGUCGUCCGGUUUUACAACAUCAUCUUCCGGUCAGACGCUUGUAUUCUACAACGUUAUCAAGAACGUAGGCGGGGGUUACAACCCGGGGACAGGUGAGUUCACCGCCCCGGUCGACGGUCUAUACGUAUUCUCAGCUUCUGUCAUGGUUGACCUGUCUAAGUCGAGGACCGCCGCCCAUAUCAGCAUAUACAAGAACGACAGUUUCGUAGUGUACCUGUAUGUCAUUGACAGUGACGGUAAAUACGAGACAGGCGCGGGCACUGUCAUUCUCUCGCUGCAGGUCGGGGAUACCGUAAAGUUUGUGCGCUACGAUAAAACAGUUUAA